CAUAAUGAGUACCCUCCUCUCAUUCAGUGAUUCGUACAAAUUGAUAUCGGACGGCGAGCCGGUGGAUAUGCCGUGCGACCUCACGUACGUCAAAAUGGGGAGUGAAGCCGGACCUGGGGUAUGCGAGGUGAUCCUCUUGGUAUGCUACUGCAAAUUGCGAUGGUGCGCAGAGCAGGCAAGGUCCGCGGACGAACGUGAUAUAGGCAUGGAGAUGAGUUUCGUCUUGCGGAGGAAGGAGGCUGAUGCUGCCGACCGCGAGACGGAGGGACUAUGGUCAUUGUUGGUCGUUGCCCACCAGAUGGUUAUCAGGGUCAAUCAUGUCCCAGAUCCAGUGUAGUGGUCCUUUCUUGGACUGGCUUACCGCCUGUUUGUCGGAAAUUGGGAGCUUUGCGGAUGACGUCGAGGACGCUAUCCAUGUCGGUGAUUCCGACAUCUGGAAGGCGAUAAGAUGUAUGUGUCCCAUAUUUUGGCGAUUUAGGCAGCACAAUUUGGCACGCGGUC